UUGCUAAAAUAUAUGAAGAUUCUCUAAAAGAACAAAAAAGAAUGAACUUUGCAACUAUAAUCCAUUACAACGUAAUGUAAUAGUGAAAAUAUAACAAUUUUACUGUUAAAACACCGCCACAAACAGCAGUUGGGUGAAGAUAAAUAUGUGAAGUGUUGCAAACUUAAUCAAAGUGAAUCAUCUCUACUGGAGUCGAAAAAUUCAAUAAUUUCAGCACAUUGGCAUAAAAACUAUCCUAAUGCAUUUGAGCAUUAAAAUAUACAAGACAACAUGUAUGACAUGUUGUCAGAAUUCCGAGUGUCAGAAUUUGACUCUUUUGUGGAUAUACUGAGGUUGACUCCUGGAGACCCCCUAGAUACUUUUGGCGAGAUGUGGUACCCUGUGUUCUUGUGGUCACUCUGUUCCUCUGUGUUUGUGCAUACUUGUGCAGCUCUAGUGGCUUUCGGUACAUUAAGGAAGCACAAGUAUGGAAAGUUCUUUCCUGUGUUAUUAAUAGUGAUGGGUAUAGUCAGUCCCGUUACUUCAGGCAUCGCUAGCAGUGCAGCAAUCGCUUUUAUUUAUCGAGCAGCGAACUUAGCAAUGCCUCCUAUUCAUGCUAUGAUCUGGGGUAUAGGACAAACAGUUUUAGGAGCAGGGAUUGGGUUUACACGCAUCUUAGCCACACUGUAAUUUACAUUAAAUAAAUCACUUGUAUCUCUUGA